AUUACUGCUUGACACUGUAAUAAUGACAGAUGACGUUUAAUGUAUAUAACCUCAAAUUCAAAUUAUAGUUUAUUUAUAAUUGUAUUAUUUUUAUUUAUUAAACCAUGGAUGUUGGAGAACUGCUAGAUUAUAAACCACCUCAAGCCCUAAAAAGACCAACAGAAGCUGAUGAUGAAGAAGAUGAAGUUGAAAAAGCAAGAAAAAUGAGGAGAAUUGCCAGAGCAAAAGCAAAUAGAAUGACUAGACGACCAGUAUCUCCCACACCGUCAACCCAACCUCUUGAACACAUCAGUGAGGAAGAACGAGCGGAAAUUUUGAAAUUUGUUGAAACCCAACAAACUCAGGGAGAAGCAAUUGAUGAAACAGCUUUGAAAAAGAUUGUGUUGAAUUUUGAAAAAAGGAGUCUCAAAAACAGAGAAAUGAGGAUUAAAUUUCCAGACUCCCCAGAAAAAUUUUUGGAUAGUGAAGUAGAACUCCAUGAAAUUCUACAAGAAAUGAGAUUGUUAUCUACGGCACCUGAUUAUUAUCCAUUAUUGGUUAAACUCCAAGUGGUACCCAGCCUUUUGGAAUUAUUAGCUCACGAUAAUACUGAUAUUGCAGUAGCAACUGUAGAACUGCUUCAAGAAUUAACAGAUGUUGAUAUUUUGAAUGAGUCUGAGGAAGGUACUGAAGCUCUAAUACAAGCUUUAUUAGAGCACCAAGUAAUUGCCUUACUAGUACAAAAUUUAGAACGACUUGAUGAGAGUGUUAAAGAAGAAGCUGAUGGAGUUCACAACACUUUGUCAAUUAUUGAAAAUUUGACAGAGUUAAGUAGUGAAAUCGUUGUUGAAGCUGUAAAACAAGGACUUUUAGCUUGGCUAUUGAAAAGGCUGAAAGUAAAAGCUCCUUUCGAUGCUAAUAAAUUGUAUGUCAGUGAAAUAUUGUCCAUAUUGUUACAAGAUAAUGAUAAAAAUAGGUUAGCUUUAGGAGAAAUGGACGGAAUUGAUACAUUACUACAACAAUUGGCUUUUUACAAAAGGCACGAUCCAAAUAGUUCAGAAGAACAUGAGCUGAUGGAGAAUUUGUUCAAUUGUCUAUGUAGUUCCUUAAUGGUUGUACCAAAUAGAGAAAGAUUUUUAAAAGGAGAAGGUCUACAAUUGAUGAAUCUAAUGCUUAGAGAAAAGAAGACUUCCAGAAAUGGCUCUUUGAAAGUACUCGAUUAUGCUAUGUCCGGUCCUAAUGGAAAAGACAACUGCAACAAGUUUGUAGAUAUAUUGGGAUUGAGAACAAUAUUUCCUUUAUUCAUGAAAACGCCUAAGAAGAAUAGGAGAAAAGUUUUAUCUACAGAAGAACAUGAAGAACAUGUUUGUUCGAUUAUAGCUUCGAUGUUACGAAAUUGUAGAGGAUCUCAGAGACAAAGAUUGGUUAGUAAAUUUACUGAAAACGACCAUGAAAAAGUGGAUAGAUUAUUAGAAUUGCAUUUUAAAUAUUUGGAAAAAGUUGAAGCGAUCGAUGAUACUAUAGAGGAGGAUAAGGAAGAAGAAGAAUCUGCUUAUUUAAAAAGACUAGAAGGAGGUUUGUUCACGCUUCAAUUGGUUGAUUACAUUGUGGUGGAAGUGUGCGCAGCAGGACCCUCUAGUAUAAAACAUCGAGUAAUGCAAAUUUUGAACCUUCGUGGUGCUUCCCUGAAGACGAUAAAACACAUAAUGAGAGAGUACGCUGGAAAUUUGGGAGAAGAGGGAGAUAAAGAAUGGAGAGAUCAAGAACAACAACAUAUUUUGAAUUUAGUUGAUAAGUUUUAGUUUAUAUUUAUAUACAAUAAUGUACAAAUCAAUAUACUAUUGGUAGUA